CUGUCACCCAGGCUGGAGUGCAGUGGCAUGAUCUCGGCUCACUGCAACCUCUGCCUCCUGGUUCAAGUGAUUCUCCUGCCUCAGCCUCCCAAGUAGCUGGGAUUACAGGUGUGUGCCACCACACCUGGCUAAUUUUUGUAUGUUUAGUAGAGAUGGGGUUUUGCCAUAUUGGCCAGGCUGGUCUCGAAUUCCUGACCUCAAGUGAUCUACCCACCUUGGCCUCCCCAGGUGUUGGGAUUACAGGCAUGAGACACUGCACCUGGCCCAUUAUAAGCAUUUUUGAAAACAUCAUCCCAAACAAAAACUGAAACUUUGACAAUAACAUACAUCUAACUAUGUGGUUCCCCCUUUCCCACCCCUUUUGUUUCUCACCAUCUGAGGUGAGCAUUUGAAACCCAUUUUUAUCAUUCCCUUGCUUUCCUUUUUAUGCAGUUUUAUGCAUCUGCAUGUAUUUUUUAAACUAAAAAAGGUAUUGUGUUGCAUGUAAUCUUUUGGAGUUUAUUCAAUUCUUGUUUCAAUUUUGGUGGACUGUUGAUUUCAGGAAUUUUUUCAAAGGUCCUAUGAUUUUCUUUUAUUCAUCCUUGCAGAGGGGAUUUAUGCUUGCCUAGGGUUGACAUACAAUCAAAUGAUUGAUUUGGGAUCUGUAUGAAAUUUUAUAGCAGUUCCUGGUCAGAAUCAAAGGCAGAACAGAAGGCUGUAGGCUGCCAUUGUGGGGACCCAGCAGGCUGUGUGGACUGAGUGGGGCGCUGUCUCCAGUUAAACAUUUUCUCUCCACUGCCACAUCCAACACUGGCCACUGGGUGUGGCAGCUCCCAUCAGAGCAAGUUGUGGUCGUGUUUCUGUGAUGUCUGUCCCUGGAAGGAGGCACAGAGGCAGCAAGCAUUCCUGUGGUGCCUCAGCUGGCCCCGCCACUCCUUUCUCAGAUUAGAACACCCUUCAGGGAUCUAGAAAUAUUCUUUAUUCAGAUGGAAACAAUCAUAGUAACAGGCCAUUCUACCAAUUGGAUAGAGCUGUUUCUUCAUAAGCCAUAAACCUAAGACUAAUCCUAAUCUGUUUCCUAACUUGUGUUUUAACGCAUACCCGGAUUCUAACUGCCAUGGUCUUUUCUGCAGAAUGUGUUCUAGUCCCUACAUCCUAAUUUAUACCCCAACUUCCAUUCAGACCUUUCCCUUUUUCAAUUUCAUGAACCUUUCCCCUGAACCUCUAACAUCUGUGACUGCUCCCAGCUCCUUUCCUUCCUCCCAUUCCUGCCAAAUGCUAGCCAUGAACUGCUAUUUAGUUAGCACUUACCGUAAGCUAGACGCUGGGGUCAUUGCUCAUUGUGUAUCAUCUCAGCUAGCUGAUAUCCUACUCUAUGAGAUGUAACGUUAGUUUUUCCAUUUUACAGAUGAGAAAACUGAGGCUCAAUGAGAUGAAUUUGGACAAAGUCCAUAUCUCUGGUGAAGCUAGGAUUUGAUCUAGUGGUGUUUUUUUGUUUUGUUUUGUUUUUGAGACGGAGUCUCACUCUGUUGCCCAAGCUGGAGUGCAAUGUGCGAUCUCAGCUCACUGCAAGCUCCACCUCCUGGGUUCAUGUGAUUCUCCUGCCUCAACCUCCUGAGUAGCUGGGACUACAGGUGCCCACCACCACGCUUGGCUAAUUUUUGUAUUUUUAGUAGAGACAGGAUUUCACUAUGUUGGCCAGGCUGGUCUCGAACUCAUGACCUUGUGAUCCUCCUGCCUGGGGCUCCCAAAGUGCUGGGAUUAAGGGUGUGAGCCACCGUGCCUGGCUGUUUUGUUUUUUAAAGUUAUGAUGCCUUUGGCUGUAAGUGAAAGAAAACUUAAAGUGGACUUAAUAAUGAAAUUUACUAUUUGACAUAAAAAGGCUGGUUAAUUCCAUGGCUCUACAUUACCCUCAGGACCCUGGCCUUUCUCCUCUACCAUCCACCCUUGAUGUGUCCAGGACUUGGCUCCAGGUUAGCUUUCCACAAGGCUUCCACAUGCCUGCCAGCAUUCCAGCCUCACAUCCCCCAAAAGUCUAGGGGCAGGAAUGGACAUCGUUUCGUCUUGUGCAUCUCUGUCUCUCUCGCUUGCUCUAAUGUGAUGUGAAUCUUUUCUUUAAGAGCAAAGAAACUUUUCCCAGGACCCUCCCCUGCCCCAGCAGAUUUCCCCUCAUAUUAUCCAGAAUGCUGGAAGCCCGUGCCUAAGCGGUCAUGGGGAAGGAGCAUGGGACCAUGCUUAGACUAAUCCAGCUCAUUCCUCCAGGCUGGCUCUCCAAGCCUCCCUGAUGAAGUUUCUGGCUCCUCGGAAGAAAGGAAAUGGGGGUCAGGAAUAGGUAUAAGCUGUGAUAGUGUCUGUCACAGAAUCCCAAGUCUGGUUGUUAAGCUUGACACGCUGCUGCUAUUCUGGGCUUGCCCCUCGGCUCCCAUCCUCACUCUAACAUAUUUCCUCAGCUGUGAGGUAAGUCCCCACAACUCUAAAUGACACAUUCUAAGGCUGUCCUUGGCAGAACAGUGAGGAACAUGAAAUGUGUGCCUUGGAGCCCAGUGCUCUUAUGUAAUUCCCCUGGGAUGUCAGUGCCGUCCUUGGUCAGCGCAGGCAUGGUCACUGGAGGUGGCGAGAGGAGCAGAGCUCUGCCUCAGAAACAUGGGCCCUGAGCCCUCAGCCUGGCCCUGACCCAGCCCCAGAACUUUUUGUUUUGUUUUGUUUUUUGAGGUGGGGUCUGGCUGUGUUGCCCAGUUUGGACUGAAACUCCCGGACCCAAGUGAUCCUCCCACCUCAGCCUCCUCAGUACGUUGAUGUGAGCGUGGCUGCACCCGGCCCAGAGUUGGGUUUUAAUCAUGUUUCCUCCUCCUCUGAGAUCUCAUCUUCCUGGUCUGUGCUUUUUCUUCUCUUAGAAUCCAAAUUUUUUAUUUUAUUUUAUUUUUUUAACAAAUUCUAACUUGCUCCCUAGUGUUACCGCCCACCCCUACAACAACUUUAUCCUGUUUCCUUCCCUCAACCCCCACAGCUUUUCUGGCUCCCAUAGAGUGCACACUCGGCCACUGUGGCCGGAGCCUGGCUCAUUUGUUGAACGGAUGACUCUGAUUAUAGCAGGUAUUCAGUAAGCCACUCUUGUUAAAUUAUUGAAAAUAAACGAUGUUACUCCCUAGAGGUGUCUAGGUUCCUUUUUUUUCCCCCAUCACCUGUCCUCUUUCACCUCCCCUCUGGGCCCUGGCUUCCCUCAAAGAUCCUUUCUCCAGGUCCCCCAUCUCCUUUGAUGAAGACUCAUGAGGAACACAGUGUCCACCUCUCAGGCAGGCGCUCAGGAAGGAAGUCACUGAGACAGAGCUCAGUGGCCCGAAUGGUUUCUGCUCCCUCACCUCCCACGUCCCACCUCAGGGCUUCCUUCGGUUUGGGCCCUGCCCCACGAGCGGGACCACCUUUGUCCUGGACAGACAGACCUGCUAGCCUCUGCUCUACAGUUCUGCCGGCCUUGGCCCUGGCUGUCCUCACACGAGUGACCCCUCCCUUCUCUCCUUCCUUAGCCCCGCCUCCUUCCUCUAGCCCCACAGCCCUGGACACGGUACACACAGACCAGAGCCUUGGCUCAAAGGCAAACAAAAGGAAAUGCCCGGCUCCCCAUGGCUGUGGCCAGCACCUUCAUACCAGGGCUCAACCCUCAGAACCCUCAUUAUAUCCCAGGGUACACUGGACACUGCCCACUACUUCGGUUCAGCAUGGGCCAGACCUAUGGGCAGGUGACUGGUCAGCUACUUCGAGGCCCUCCUGGCCUAGCCUGGCCCCCUGUCCACCGCACACUUCUGCCUCCCAUUCGGCCUCCAAGAUCUCCUGAGGUUCCCAGGGAGAGUCUACCUCUCAGGCGUGGGCAAGAAAGGCUCAGCUCCAGCAUGAUCCCUGGGUACACAGGUUUUGUACCCCGAGCACAGUUCAUCUUUGCCAAGAACUGCAGCCAGGUCUGGGCCGAGGCUCUGAGUGACUUUACUCACUUGCAUGAAAAGCAAGGGAGUGAAGAGCUGCCAAAGGAGGCCAAGGGAAGAAAGGACACAGAGGAGGACCAGGUGCCAGAGCCGGAGGGGCAGCUGGAGGAGCUGACACUGGAGGUGGUGGAACAAGCUUCUCCCUACUCCAUGGAUGACAGGGACCCUCGGAAGUUCUUCAUGUCAGCUUUCCUGUGCUCACCAACCAGGCACUGCAGGAAUUUGGGCAGAAGCACUCACCAGGCAGUGCCCAGGACCCCAAACAUCUCCCCCCGCUUCCCGGAACAUACCCUCAGAACCUGGGUCUUUUACCUAACUAACUAUGGGGGCUACGUGCCAGGGUAUAAGUUCCAGUUUGGCCACACAUUUGGCCAUCUCACCCAUGAUGCUCUGGGCCUCAGCACCUUCCAGAAGCAGCUCUUGGCUUGGGCCCCUGGACAUCAAGUUCCCUUCCCUUUUCAUCCUAUCCCAGCCAUCCUUUUGGAAGGGAGAAAGGUGGGUGGGUGGGAGGGUGGGGGAACACAAAGAGAAAAUGGUCUGGAGGCUGAGCACCUUUUUUAUUAA